CCCGGGGGGAGCGCGGCCCCGCCGGACGGCCGGCCAGGGCUGGGGGCAGCUAGGACGGCCCCGGUCCAGGUGGAGGCUGCAGAAAGCCCAGGGCGGGCAGGGGCAGCAAUGAUUGGUCCUGACGGUGGCUGAGCCCCCAGCCCCUGGAAUAUGCAGCCCGGGGGAGCCCCAGGCAGCGGUGAGGACAAGGUGGCGGCGCGGGGGAGGCAUGGUCUCCACCUACCGGGUGGCUGUGCUGGGGGCUCGAGGCGUGGGCAAGAGUGCCAUCGUGCGCCAGUUCCUGUACAACGAGUUCAGCGAGGUCUGCGUGCCCACCACCGCCCGCCGCCUCUACCUGCCUGCUGUUGUCAUGAAUGGCCACGUGCACGACCUCCAGAUCCUAGACUUCCCGCCCAUCAGCGCCUUCCCUGUCAACACGCUGCAGUAGGGGCCGCGGAGGGACUCGGGCUCAGCAAUGUCUCAGCAACUCUGGGCAGGAGGGCCUUGGACCAACCUCAAGGAUGCUUGUUUCUGCCAUCUCAGGAGUGGGCAGACGCCUGCUGCAGGGGACUCCGGAGCGUCCACGCCUACAUCCUGGUCUACGACAUCUGCUGCUUUGACAGUUUUGAGUACGUCAAGACCAUUCGCCAGCAGAUCCUAGAGACGAGGGUGAUUGGCACCUCGGAGACGCCCAUCAUCAUCGUGGGCAAUAAGCGGGACCUGCAGCGCGGACGCGUGAUUCCGCGCUGGAACGUGUCACACCUGGUGCGCAAGACCUGGAAGUGUGGCUACGUGGAGUGCUCGGCCAAGUACAACUGGCACAUCCUGCUGCUCUUCAGCGAGCUGCUCAAGAGCGUCGGCUGCGCCCGCUGCAAACACGUGCACGCUGCCCUGCGCUUCCAGGGCGCGCUGCGCCGCAACCGCUGCGCCGUCAUGUGACGCGCGCCCACCCCACCGCCCCGAGGGCUCCCGCGGGCUGUAGCCGCACCGCUGGGGCGGCUUCCUCAUGGGACUGCGGGGCUUGAGCGGCGACUGGCAGGAAUAGGACUCUGAUGGCCCGGGCCUGAAACGCCCCAGCAGCCAUGCACCUCCCCGCGAGAGGCAGAGGACGAGAGGGAGCCUCCCCAUUAAUGCUCAGUCCUCCCCUCUCUGGCAUCUGUCUUCCCGGGACGGCCUCCUUUAGGGCUGUAGUUAGAGCAGUACCCAGCCUGGCCCCCAGGGGCGCCACAGCCUUUUGAGAUUGGGGUGAGCGCAGGAAAUGGAGGGUGGGGGCGGGGAGGUGUUGCCUUAGCCGGUCUCCCACCAGUCUUAUCCAGAGAGUGUGUCUGUCAUUGCCCCGCGUCUUCCUCCCGUGUCCGUCGUUCUGCCCUAGUGUCUCUUGGUCAGUAGCUGUCUUUUCCACCGUCUGGUCCGCCCCUCUCCCACAACUCCGUUCACAGGGCUCUCAUUCCGUCCAUCCCCCUGCUGCAGAUCCUGGCAGCUUCCGUGUGAGGCCUGCCUUCUGACCGUCAGCACCACCGGCGCAGGACAGAUGCGGGUGGUCCAAGGACCACAGCCGGUCCGAGGGUUGAGGUCCCAGAUUAGUCAGGGGGAGAAAGCUGAGCUCUACCCUCUCCAGGGAGACCUCCCCACCCAGCAGUCCCCAGAGACACAACAACCUACCUUCCAGCCUUAACUCGAUGGUCCGUCCCUGCCGGGUACCCCUCACCCCUUUCCUGACCCCAAAACCAGAUCACCCCCUGGGUUAAAACUUUUUUUUGAAUGGACAGGGAAUCACCCCAAAGAAUGGCUUUACUUCCAUGAUGCCAGGUUCCAGCCCCCUAUUCCUACCUGCGUUUGGGUGGUUUGUUAGACUGGGGGGUGUUGGGUUUGGGGAGCUGUGAGCAGGCUAGUUCCCGGGGUGGGGGUUGGGAGGCUUGGUUGUGCCAGUGAAGGCUCUGUUUUUCCAUCUCACCCCAGUUUGAUGCCCCAGACUGACUGACUGAAUCUCAGAUUACCCUGAUUAAUCUGGGGAGGUAUACAGCCAGAUAAAAAUUGUGGGGACCCCUUGCUUGAGGGAGAUAUGCCCGCAUUCCCACUCCUAGAUGAAGGCCCUCAGGAUCUACUCUCCCUUGUCCCAAUACCAGUUGGCCCUAUGCCCUGACUCUGCCCCAUUUUCUCUGGCUGUCUGGCCAGGUUUCUACCUCUCCUUACCAGAGCUGAUCACUGUCAGUUUUGUACUGAUUUAGAAAUAAAAAUAAUGAAGAUACCAGGAGUGGCCUGAGGGAUUCCUGGGGGACGUGGAGGGCAUGAAAUGGUGCAUGUCCCCUGCCCUCAGGCCAAGUUCUCCUUGAGGCUGAACCCUCAAUCCUGGUCUGAUGGGAGAAUAGCAAGGUCCCUUGUUAGAAGAGGGCCAGAUAGACCAACCCAGCCUCAACCUGGUCCAGCUUCGUUGUAUAGACCAGGAAAUCAGGUAGCCCAGAGCCAUGAUGGAGAGGAGUCUGGGGGAGGGGUUGUGGGUGGGCAGUUUAUCAUCCAGACCCAGCGUGAGAGGGAAUCUGUGAGUUCCCCAGCUGGUUCCCCCUUCACCCACCUGGGUAGCACAGGCCUACAGUGACCACACUGACCUUGGACAGCCCAGUACUCCUGGGUUCUAGUCCCUGCUGUGCUACAUGACUUUGGGCAAGUGCCCUGUCCUCUGAGCCUCCCUCUGAAGCAGAGGAUGUGGCUCCCCUUCCUCACACCCUGGAGUGGCUUCACCCCCUGCAUCCUGCUCCCUGGUUCACCAGAGUGACAGGAUAAGGGAUGGCAGCAUCUCACCAUCACUGUCCCCCCAGCUCUGAGGCACCUGAAGUGGGGGGUGGGGGAACCAGGCCUCUGGCUGCCCCUGUGGGAGCCAUUGGAAUGUAUCUGCCUGACCAGCCCACCUCAGCCCCUCUGCUUCUCCCCAGGUCUUUGAUUUCUAUUCCCUCUACCCCCACACUGAGUCUCUGUCCUCCCUACCUCCCCCCACCCACCCAGGGUUUCCCACCACAGGGUCUGGAAGUGUGUGUGACGCCCAUUGCGCUGUGAUCGGAAGUCAGAUUA